AUGAGCAUCCCUUGCUGUCGGUCAGAUGCCUACUUCCUCCCUACUGCCAAGUCUGACUAUGGAUUCAAUGAUGACAGGUGCAGGAAUCUUAAUUUUGCUCAGACUCACAGCACAGUGAACUAUGUGCUCGACCUGCUGCUGUGUGCAUUCAUUCUAGUUUCGGGCUCCACUGAGAUAACCUGCUCUGACAUGGAUGUUUUGAAUCAUCUUAAACUGACUGCAAGCAAUGACCUGCUCUCCAUGAUUCGACCUGUCAAAAACUCCAAAACACCCACGAGUGUCAACCUGGACAUGGCACUGUAUGCCAUCCUUGAUGUGCGUGAGAUCGACCAGACGUUCAUUCCUUAUGUCUGGAUGUACAUGAGCUGGAAGAACGAAUUCACCUCCUGGAAUUCUUCAGAUUUUUGUGACAUCGAAAAAGUUGCUAUCCCCACCAACAUUUUGUGGAAACCAGAUAUUACAAUUGAAGAGAUGACAGGGAAAGACCAAACUCCUCCAAGUCCGUAUGUGACUAUCUUCAGUGAUGGUUGGGUUCAGCAAGUUGACAACCAGGUGCUAACCAGCACCUGCAAGAUGGACAUCUACAAAUUUCCAUUUGAUGUCCAGCAAUGCAACUUGACCUUUAAAUCCGUCGUCCACUCGAAUAAAGAGCUUAGGCUUUACCAUGUGCUGGACUCUAAUGAGACAACUGAGUGGGCACGAGAGAUGAUGCACACCCAGUAUGAGUGGCUCUUCAUGGAUAUGGAAGUGACCAAUACAACAGAAGACAAUGUCAACUUUGGCAUCCAGGAUGUGAUCAUCUUUUCUAUCAAAAUGAGAAGAAGGUCCGUACUCUAUUCCACAAACCUCCUGCUGCCUGUUCUCUUCUUCUUGUGUCUGGACUUGUCCUCGUUUCUCAUAUCAGACAGAGGUGGGGAAAAGCUGGGUUUCAAGAUCACUGUACUUCUUGCUGUGACCGUGAUGCAGCUGAUCCUCAACGAAAUCCUGCCCUCAUCAUCCAACAGCGUCCCCCUGAUAGCCGUUUAUUGUAUCGGGAUGUUUACACUAAUGCUGCUGAACCUCCUUGAGACCAUCCUGGUUAUGUACCUGAUCCAGAAAGACUCUGUGGCCCUGGACAGUGAGAAACAGCAUGAUUGGAGCCUGAGUGAAGACGGCAAAGGACUGAGCAGCUAUGAACAAGAUGCUGUUGAAGUUCUGCGGCUCACCGCUUGA